UCUGAAGGGACCACUGUACAGAUAAUCAAAUAUUCGAGGUUUACAGAGUCAUUCUAAUUGGUCGCGUAUUAUAUUUUUGUUAUCAAUACAAGCAUCAGGCACAAGAACUCAACCACCGACAUCCACAAUGAACUUCCCAGGCUCUUCAGGGUUUCCGGGCCAGGGCCCGGCGCCGGAUCCGAACGAGGAGCAGAUGAAGAAGUUAAAAUCCUUCGGUGAAUCAUGCGCAGCAAAAACGGUCAUGUCUGGUGUCGCUGGUCUAGGUCUUGGUGCCGUUUUUGGACUUUUUAUGGCUUCGAUGGCCUACGACACACCCUUCCACCACCCGGCCCCCGACGCCGCCAAAGCCGCGGGCCCGAAACCCCCCUACGCCGCCGGCACGGGCAUGGUGCUGCCGCGCGGCAACUACAGCCCGCCGACGACGACUACACCGCCCCCCAUGUCGUCGCUGCCGAUGCGCACGCAGAUCGCGGCCGGGUUCCGCGACAUGGGCGCGCGGUCCGUCAGCACGGGAAAGAACUUUGGCAAGGUCGGCGCCAUGUUCUCGGGCAUCGAGUGCGGCAUCGAGGGCCUGCGCGCCAAGAAUGAUGCCGGCAACGGCGUCGCUGCCGGCUGCGUCACGGGCGCCAUCCUCGCCAGGAACGGCGGCCCGCAGGCUGCCGCCAUCGGCUGUGCGGGUUUUGCGGCUUUCAGUGCCGCUAUUGAGAUGUGGUUGAGGAGUCCCAAGGAUGAGUAAAAAUAGCUUCUCUGUUGGACGGGAAUGCUGCGGGCGGACUCUGGAGAGAUUUUUUUUUUUUUUUUUUUUUGAUGUGACGACGCAGACGAGGGGAGGG